AUAAAAAGCAAUGAUAAGGCUGGCCCACUCAGAAUUUUAGAUAAGCAUAUUUGCCGGCUAGGAGCACAAAUAUCAAAAACUGAUUAGUUGAAACCGAGCCACGUUACGGAGCACACAUGCAAGUUGCAGCAAUAUGUCGCAGAAAGAUCAAUUUACAUUCCGUCGGGCUGAAAAGGCGGAUAUUAAAGCAGUGCUAGAAAUGAUACAGGAACUGGCUGACUUUGAGCGCAUGAGCGAUGGCCCCCAGCUGAGCGAGCAGGAACUUAUACGCGACGCGGGCCUUGAUGGUGGACCCGAAUAUUGCCAAAUCUAUGUGCUCACAGACAAUGCCACAAAGUCUUGCAUUGGCUAUGCUAUCUGCUUUAACUCGUACUCCACCUGGCAGGGACGUUCCCUAUUUCUCGAGGAUAUCUAUGUUCGUCCUACCCAUCGCAAUCAGGGCGCCGGUGCACGCAUUUUUCGUGAAGUAGCCGCCAUUGCGGUUAAGCUAGGCUGCCGACGACUGGAUUUCCAUGUGCUCAGCUGGAACCCGGCCCGUAAGUUCUACGAUCAGCUGGGCGCAACAAAUUUAACAGAAACGGAAAACUGGCAUUUUUACCGCGUGGAGCAACAACAAUUGGGCAAGCUAGCCGGCGAAUUGGAAAGAUAGCCAGUAGUGUCAUUCGAUCUGUCUAUUUCUGUUAGGCUAAUUAACAAAUCAGUGCUUAUUGCAAUA